AUGAAGUUCCUGACCUUGUCUGGACUAACAAAACAAGACAAGUUCAAUAUAACACAGAUCCUCGUCAUUCUCCCAUUUGUCCUUCUGUGUAUCCCAACGUCUUUUAACAGACGUGCAGAGUAUCACUCUGAUACUAUCCCGAACCCAAUGAACCUCCUUUGGGCCAUUAUCCCAUUUGCUGUCGUCUAUGCUCUCAGAGUCAUUUUCGUUGAGAAUUUAUUUCCCAAAUUUGGCGAUAAGUUCAUUUACUAUAAACCCGGGUGGGGGCCUGGAGUCAGAAAGUUCCGAGUGAAACGAUUUGCUCUGGUAUUAUUCAAAGGCAUCUACUUCUGGAUCAGCGCACCACUCGGCAUUCUUCUUUUUAAACAUGAAGACUGGAUGCCAAAGGGACUCUUUGGUGUUGGGAAACAAGAUUUGGAAUUACUAUGGGACGGUUACCCUUUCCAAGAACAAAGCCCAAUGCUCUUUGUCUAUUACUGUUGGGAACUUGGGUAUCACACACACUCACUCGUCUUCCACAUGCAGAGCGAGAAGAGAAAUGAUUACUUCGAAAACUUACUUCACCACCUUGCGACAAUUUUUUUGAUUGUCCUCAGUUACUGUAAUAAUUGUCUGAGAAUAGGAGCACUCGUCUUGGUGCUCCACGAUAUCGUCGACGCAAUUAUGUAUUUGAGUAAAAGCGUUAAUGAUAUGCCAAAUCAAGUUCCAGUCUACUGUGGAUUUUUCUUCAUCGCAUAUUCGUUCUUGAGAUUCAGACUCAUCACACUCGGAUUCGACAUCAUCCCAGCUGCAAUCAACGCAAGAAAUUAUAUUCCAGAGGGUGCCACAGGGCAAUACGUUCAUUGGCUACUUGUCGGGCUGUUAUGCGUGCUCUGGGUAUUGCACGCAUAUUGGUUCUACCUUAUCAUCGAAAUUAUACACAACGCAAUUAAAAACAAAGGUAAGUUGCAAGAUCCACACGCCGUCGGAUAA